GCAUGCGCAGCCGCUCUGGAGGACUGGGUGCGUACCAUAGAGGAGGAGCGGCAGGCAGCCGUUUUCUCUAGCCACCCGCCCCGGAAGCGGCGGCCGGAGCGGCGGGGCCGCGCUAUGGCGGGGACGGCGCUCAAGCGGCUGAUGGCCGAGUACAAGCAGCUGACCCUGAACCCACCAGAAGGGAUAGUGGCAGGUCCAAUGAAUGAAGAGAACUUCUUUGAAUGGGAAGCUCUGAUUAUGGGUCCUGAAGACACCUGUUUCGAAUAUGGGGUUUUCCCUGCUAUUCUAAGCUUUCCACUCGACUACCCAUUAAGUCCACCGAAGAUGAGGUUCACGUGCGAGAUGUUCCAUCCGAACAUUUACCCAGACGGGAGAGUUUGCAUCUCUAUUCUUCAUGCUCCUGGAGAUGAUCCCAUGGGAUAUGAGAGCAGUGCCGAGCGGUGGAGUCCUGUGCAGAGUGUGGAAAAGAUCCUCUUGUCAGUUGUUAGCAUGCUGGCAGUCUUUCUUGUUUCAGAGCCAAAUGAUGAAAGCGGAGCCAAUGUAGACGCAUCCAAGAUGUGGCGGGAAGACAGAGAACAAUUUAAUAAAAUUGCCAAGCAGAUUGUGCAGAAGUCACUUGGACUUUAAGCUCAUAAAGAGACUGAAGUGUUUUGUAUUUCUCUCCACCUGAAAACGAGCAGUGCUCAAUGCCAGUACCAAAAAGGAAAACUUCUCAAAACUGUUGGCCUGGUUCUUCUUAUCAUUCGUUAUUUAUUUGCCAUCUCUUUUCUUCUUCCACUGCUCCAGAGAAGCCUCUAGUUCACUCAUUAAAUUGUGUGGAAAAGGGAUUUAAUACUAGGGAAAAAUAUGAAGACAAUGCUGUUUCAAAGGCUGCUUGUUGCUACCUCACUUCAUGGUAUGGAAAGCUUGGAGACCUUGCAGUUGGCAGCCCGCCUCCACCAAUCUGCUGUUUGAGAGCAGAGCUGGUUUGGAUCACCUGCUGGAAGAAUUAGUUGUAUAUUUUUUUUAAGUAACAUUGCAUCUGGAGCACCAGUAGACAGGAAACAAUCUAUCAAUUUUAUGAUACUAAGUUAAGGACCGUGCUUGCAGUCAGAACUGAUUUGAAAAGUAUAGUUAGCAAGAGAAGCUAUAAAACAAGGUUAUAGUCAGGAUGCAUUAGCAGAGAAAGUGAUUGUGCAGUAUGUAACUUUAAGAGAUCUAAAGAGUUGCUGUCAAUGGCUGGCUGGGGGUCUAGAAUGGGCUGAUGUUCCUGUGUAACACUGUGAGUUUGUAUUGAGCCUUUGAGUCAGUGUUUGCUUGGAAGUAAUCCCAAGAGCUGCUUUAUUGCUCUUGAAAGACAGUCAAUUGUAAACAUUACAUUCAAUUAGAGUUUCCAGAUGUAAAGACUGGAUUCUUAAACACUUUGAUCAGGUUUACCAUGGGCAAAGGAGGUCAAUGGCAGCCUAAAAAUCCAGUGAGAAUGUGCCAUGCCAUGUGCUGGGCAUGUAAAAUAUCUCUGCAAAAAUGUCAGCUCCUCUUCUGUUGACAUUUGGGUGUUGAGAGGUGUAGGCACUGCUGGCCUUUGCCAUUACAGCCCAGGUCAUCCGUUUUUCAGGUGAACAAGCAGAGAUGGAUGUGAUGAAUUUUGUAGAAUUAACUGUAACACUUCUUUAUUCUGACUGCUCUUGUGUAUAUUAAUAUGAGUCGGAGAAGACACCAACUGUGUUUUCUAGGGGAUGGUAUGACGCAUGUUUAGAACCGCAGAGUAUUGUAGCCGACCACUGGUGUGGAGAGUGCAGGAGAUACCAGCUGCAAUGAUCAGUUUGUAAAACUGCUUAGGGGCCACUGGUGACCUUUGCACUUUGCCAGUGGAUCUCUUGUGUGGGUCCAAAUCUCCAAUUUACUACAAGCAAUAAUAUGUCCAUCAAUAGCACCUGGAAUUAAAUUUUGUUGGCAGCUUUAAAUGGACUAAAUUUGAGAAGGGCUUUUUUUUUUCUUCUGUGAAAAGCAUGUGACAUGGAAGGAGUCGCACAGUGAAGAAAGCUUUAUGGAGGUGAUGUGUGCAUGCGUGUGUGUACAACUUGUCAGUAUUUAUGUCUUGCUGUCCAUGCUGCACAUUCACAUGCUGCAGCUCGCAGUAUGCCAUUGUUCUGUACCUCUGAAGUUACAACUUGCUGAUUUUGCCUGCUUGUAGAAGUAAUUCUUCUUGCUUUGGUGUAAGGGUGGGAGGGGGACCCAACGUAGUUUGGGAGCAGAGAUGAUGAAAUAAUGUUGUACCUAACUAGUAUUUCAAGGCAUACAGGAAAAUAUAACAUUUAUAUGCAAACUGGGAGUGUUUUUGAAUUGUAGCAGAUGGAGCGUUGCUCCUGGGAGUACUGCAGCCACUUUUUGGAAACAACACCAGAGAGCUGUGAGCACCACAUGGCAAAUGAUGGGUUCAGCAGACAUGGCAAAAGUGAGUUGUUUUUUUCAUGUGUGGAGUAUUUCAUUCAUGUAUGCUCACUCGUCUUUAUUUUAUGGUGGGAUUUAGUCUGUAUACUGAAAAUAAAGCGAUUAUAUUUUUCUCCUUUCA